AUGAUUGAUCAACGCAUUUUUGAGGAUCUUCAGGCCAAGAUCGACGAGGAGACCACGGUCCGCGAUGAGCUUCACGAGAUUGUUCAGACUCUUGCGAGAAAGGGCCGGUCAACACAAGCUAUUUUGUCUAGGGCUCAUUCUACCCCUGCCGAUCAACUUGAACAACCAGUCAAGCCCGUCCUGGACGAUGCCGCUGUCGAGAUUCUCGCUCAAAAGCACGAGGUCCUUCGUCUGAAGGCUGUGGCAGACCAGCACCCAUUCUACAAGUACAAUGGACUGUGGACUCGUGAGCUCCAGAACUUGGUCACGUCAAUCGAGCUGUGUGCCUGGCUCGGAGGUCUGCAAGAGUACAAGAGUUCCGACUCGGGUUCAUUCUUGACCAUCGAAGAGGUCGGCAAGUUCCUUGAGGUUCCUGUCAACUUGAAGGAGCAGGAUGCGUUCCAUUUGACAAUCGAGGAGUACCUGUUGGCAUUGAUCUCCGUCGUCGAAGAGCUGUCCCGGCUGGCGGUGAACUCGGUUACUCUCGGCGAUUAUGAGCGACCUCUGCAGAUUGGCAAUUUCAUCAAGGAUCUCUUUGCCGGGUUCCAGCUGCUGAACCUGAAGAACGAUAUCCUGCGCAAGCGAAGCGACGGUAUCAAGUAUAGCGUCAAGAAGGUAGAGGACGUGGUCUAUGACCUGUCGCUCCGCGGUCUCGUGCCCAAGGGCAGCGCCGCUGCUUAG